AUCCAUCUUAUCAUUUCCAAGUUCCAAAAAUUCCACAGAAAAAUCAUCCUUGUGAAAGAUCUGAACCCGUCUUUCAAGUACCAUUACAGCCCUCAAAGUUUGCAACCAGGCAAUGACAGUUUUUCUCUCUUGGGUUGGGAUUAAGUGAUGGCCACCCUUCUUCAAGCUCGGCAUAGCUCCGGGGAUGAAGAAUCUGCAGAAACCUGCAAUGGCAGUCCAGCUUCUUCAUCUUCUCCGGUUGAAGGCGACUACUUCGACGGAGUCUUCAAGUACAUACAGCAGAUGCUCAUGGAGGAAGACGGUUUGGAAUAUAAACCUUGCAUGUUUCAAGACUCCAUGGCACUCCAGGCUGCCGAGAAGUCUUUCUAUGAUGCCCUCACCCUCAACCAUCCUCCCUCUCCUUCUUGGACUCAAAUCACAGACAUGGACCCUCCCAUGAAUAAACCUUCUCCAUUAAUGGAUGACUUGCAUAGCUCCUUGUUUGAAACUGGGUUCUUCCUGCUUCCUUCAAGAGGGAGAACCCAGACGCACUCGAUCAAAAAUGCUUCUUCUGAGGGAGGAAGAAACGAUGAGACGAAGAAACAUGGCCGAGAUGUUAGCAGUUCGUGUGGAGAAGAGCGGAGCAACAAGCAGUUUGCCAUUAAUGGUGACUCUCAAGAGCCAGAAGAAACAGAGAAGUACGACAAGGCCUUGCUCUGUCCUUCCAUGAAUCCUGCAUUCUAUGACGGAUCUUCAUUAGAUCCGUCAUAUCUUUCCCUAGAAACUUCAAGAAAUGCAGCUGGAGAGGAAAAGUAUAUUCAAGGUCCAAAGCGUGGAAGGCCUAAAGGAAGCAAAAAUGGGGCCAAGACUAAGGAGAUCGUCGACCUCGGCAAUCUUCUUUCUCAGUGUGCCCAGGCUGAGGCUUCCGGAAACAAGAAGAGCUUCCAACAAUGGCUAACAGCUGUCAGGCUCCAUUCUUCCCCUUACGGCGAUGCUCGCGAGAGAGUUGCCCAUUGUUUCGCCAAUGCCCUUGAAGCCCGCUCUGCUGCUGCAGGAACAUCCCUGUACACAACCAGCAAGUGGAUGUCAUCUGUUGCAGAUUAUCUGAAAGCUUAUCAGGUCUACAUAACAGCUUGCCCAUUCAAGAGAAUGUCCAACAUUUUUGCCAACAAGUCAAUAGCAAAACGAACCAGAGAAGCAGAAAAGAUUCAUAUCAUUGAUUUCGGCAUCCUAUAUGGUUUCCAAUGGCCCUGCAUCAUACACGGGAUUUCACUCCGACCCGGUGGGCCCCCGAAGCUUCGAAUGACUGGAAUUGAUUUCCCUCAACCCGGCUUCAGGCCUGCCCAGAGGGUAGAGGAAACCGGGAGGAGGCUUGAGAACUUUGCCAGGAGAUUCAACGUCCCCUUCGAGUAUAAUGCCAUUGCCAAGCAAUGGGAGACAAUCACUCCAGAUGAUCUCAAGAUUGAUCCGAGCGAAAUGCUUGUGGUCAACUGCUUAUACAGGCUAAAGAACGUGCCCGAUGAAACGGUGGUGGAGAACAACAACCCGAGAGAUUGCAUUCUGAAGCUGAUCAAGAAACUAAACCCCAAAUUUUUCGUCCAGGGCGUGGUGAACGCGAGCUACAACGCCCCGUUCUUCACGACAAGAUUCCGGGAGUCGUACUUCCACUACUCGGCCAUGUUCGACAUGUUCGAGGCGACGAUGGCGGGGGAGGACGAGGGGCGGGUGGUGGUGGAGCAAGAGGCGAUGGGGAGGGAGAUUCUGAACGUUGUGGCGUGUGAAGGGAGGGAGAGAGUGGAGAGGCCGGAGACGUACAAGCAAUGGCGGGCGAGGAAUGAGAGAGCAGGGCUCAGGUUGCUCCCAUUGAACCAAGAGAUCAUGAGGGAAGUGAAGGCAAAAGUUAGGAUGGGAUACCACAGAGAUUUCAGUGUGGAUGAAGAUGGAGGAGGAGAGUGGAUGUUGCAGAGUUGGAAGGGAAGGGUCGCGAUCGGAGCUGGCAGCUAGACGAGCUUGGUUGGCAGAGGGGAGCGCGACCGUUGUCUCCACAGGAAACUCCUCCAAGCCCGCGGACGGGCGAUGUGGGAUGCUGAACCUUAGAUCGUUCGGUUGAAUUCUUGUCCAUCAACUUCUAUAUCAAUUUAUAAAUAAAAUUAUUUUAAAGAGAUGUGAUUUGCACGUUGUACGAAACUGGAAGAAAUAUAUUUAGAAGUAAAAGAAAAUAUAAAAGUGAUGCAAAAAGAAUAAACAAUAAUUGAUAUGUACUUUU